UCUCCUCUCCUGCCAUCACCAUCCUUCAGUUCCGUUUUUUUCAGCUCGCCGCAUUGAUCAAUGCCUUCGUCCAGAAAACGCCCCGAACCGUGCAAUGCAUCCGAGGAAUCUGAUGGUGGUAGACUGCCCUCAUCGCCGAAGCGUGCCAAGGCCUCUCGCGCCAAGGCUCCAAUCCCAGCCGAGGACGUGGAGGACGAUGACUCGGCCGGUGAAGAGCAACCCAAGGUUCGUCGCUCAACGCGUGCACGAGCGAAGGAUGUCCAGACGCGGAAGGAACGAGCGCCUGCAUCUGGCGAUGAGGCCGACAGGGAGAGCGAGGAGGAAACCAGGCCUAUUGACAAGUUUGGGUCAUCACCAGCUGUUGCUAAAUCAGUCACGACGGCCAGCAUACCCCAGGUCGACUUCCGUCAAACUCUCCUCAAGUCGGCCCAGGCUCAGCAGUUAACACCUUCCGUGGCGAAACCGGUGCCGCGCAAGAUCUUUUUGGCGCAGGCAAACAAGACACGGGCCUUGGACGAAAGCCCGACCGUCGAUGAUGCAACGGCACCUGCUGCCGCUGCUGCUGCUAACCUUGCUCCGAAUGGUCAGCCCUCGGUCCAGCCGUCAUCGACGGCACUUGAGUCUUCAACAACGAUGCACGCACCACCUCCACCGAUGACUCCUGCACCGCCCUCGACGACUACUCCUCAACCGCAGGGAGCUAUCAACCAUUCUCCCUCUCCCCCCGUUGCGGGUAUAACGCCUCGGGGGCGGUCCCAGCUUCAACUUGUUCAUGGCUUCGUCCACCAUCCCAAGCACGACUACAAGGCUGGUGAUUACACCGGGAUCUCCAAGCAGCUCAUCCUGCGAGUCUGCCGGGAGUACGAAGCGCUGAUCAUGUGCAAUGACCCAUUUCCGGAUAGUAUCGUCUCACGUAUCUGGUUUAAGAGAUGCUGGGACGGUGCCUGCUUGAGUCUCGACGUUGAUAUUGCCCCGGACGACCAUGUGCAAAAGCUGGUCAUUGAUCGUGGAUCUCGUAUCCGGGGUGAUAUGGUUCGGUGCACGCGCGAAAAGGUGGAGGCUCGCUUCGGCUUUACCAAGUCGACACGGAAGACCACUAUUCGGCAGAAUAUCAAGAAGUAUGACGAGCUCGUCAAGGACGGUAGCUACUUGUAUCAGAACGAGGCGAAACAGACUGGCUACUGCGAGUCCAAGCUCAUUUCAAUCAUCCUCGGGCGCAUCCUUUUCGGCUCGCAAGGGACUUCUUUCGCCGUCGUGUACCGCAAAUACUUCGACCCGAUCCCCGCCGUGACGCUCUCGCUCGUCUACGCCAUGAUCCGUCAUUGUAUUGGCGAGUGGGCUACCGGCCGUCCUAUUCGUCGCCAUUUCAGCGAAGACCCCAUCAAGAAGGAGCGCUACUUACCGCACGUCAAGGUUAUCAAGGAUUGGGUCGAGGACGACCCUCAAAUCACGAAGAAGAUACGACUACGGUGGUACAAGAAGAUGCGGGCCAUCGCAGGCAUCGACGAUGAUGUUGAGCCCGUAGUAGUCAUCUCGGAACAAGCUCGAGCUCGGGCUCGUGCAGCGUUGAGUCAGCGCACCGGCGAUACAGACACGGAGGAGGAGGAGGAUGACGACGCCGCCGCCGCGUAAGAACUUUCGCGUCGCAUACACAACUACUAUCCCUGUACCUAUUCACUCUUUUUCUUGCAACGCCUGGACCGACCUCGCUUACAUUCAACUAAUUGUACCUUAUGCUCGUACUCGUUAGUCUUACUUUAUAAUCAACAUGACUCUGUUCUGUUAA